AUGCUAGACACGCUCCCUUUGAAGCAGUACCAGGAGAAUUACCAGGCCAUUCUGGACAACAAUCCGUUGCCGUACGGCAGUCUCCGUGGAAAAGUCCUGAAUAGCGAUCAAUUCUGGCGCGACCACGGAGACUAUGAGCCUGUUCUUCGUCAACACGUUCCAGAGAAAUACCACAAAUACUUUUCCAGUCCACGCAAGACGCCCCGUGCGCUGGACGACUCAAUCGAAAUAGGCCGCUCGUACAGCCUGAGCCCCGUGAAGAAGCGCGAGCCCUCGUACGGACAUAAGGAGUCGGAGAAACUCGUGGACGAUCUGUUUGAGGCAGACAGAAAGCAGUAUGUUUCGCGCGCAGACGACGACGAUCCGAGCAGAUCGCUGUUCCAGCAGACAUACAAAGCAUUGAGCUACGAUCGCAGCGCGCAGGGCGAGAAGCUGAACUCACUGGUGAGGAAGAUCAGCACCGAGUUCCAGGAGGUGCGGGACGAGAACGGGGUUUUACGCAGAGAGAACAACAACCUGCGGAGCAAGUUGAAACAGGCCAAGGAGGAGAACCAAUCGAUCACGUCAGCCACCGAGUUUGUGAAGUCCAAGUUCGACAAGUACUAUGCUGAGACCUUGAAGCUUAGGGAAGAGCUCGCUCGACUCAAGACGUCUCCACAAGAGGCCGCGCAGCCACCACAGACGCAACAGACAACGUCGCACCAGACACUGGACGAGCAAUUGGCCAUGAACGAGGAGAGAAUGAAACAGCUGGCCUUGUCGACGCAGCAGCAGCUCGAGGCGCUCGAAACCGAGAAAGCUAGCCUGUUGAACCAAAAGGAGUCUAUCCACAUCAACCCGGAGAUGGUGACUGUGAUCACGGUUGGCGACGGGGUGAUCAAGGUGGAGCAGAAACAGGCGAACGGCGAGAAGCCGAGCCAGGUGCGGAUCCAGCACGCAAACGCCCCACCGACUGCCAAGGAGCCACAGGAGCCCAAAGAGCCAGCCAAGGCGUCCUGCCCCGUUUGCUCGCACGAGAAAAAAGUCAACUUCGAGUCCGACGACGGCAGCGACGACAGCGUCCCGCUCGACGACACGAUGAUCUACAAGAAAACGCACAAGCCGGGCCUGUUCAGUGCGGCCGCCAACAAACAUUCCGAGAUAAACCCAGACUUAUCGUGGUGA